AUGGCAACAACUCCUGAUGCCGCCUUUGAGGCCCUCAUGAAUGGAGUGACCAGCUGGGAUCUUCCCAAAGAACCCAUUCCUUGUGAACUCCUUCUUACUGGGGAGGCCACCUUCCCAGUGAUGGUCAAUGACAAGGGACAGGUGCUCAUUGCUGCCUCUUCCUAUGGCCAAGGCCGCCUGGUGGUCAUAUCCCAUGAGAGAUACCUGCUGCAUGCAGGCUUGGCCCCGUUUCUUCUCAAUGCAGUGAGGUGGCUCUGCCCGUCCCCAGAGGCUCCCAUUGUAGUGCAUUCCUCCUUGGCCUCACUAGGUAACAUCCUAAGUAACUCUGGUCUAGAGGCCCUGGUUCAGCCACAACCUGGAGAGACUCUGGGUGUUUACUGCACUGAUGCCAACAAUGACACCUUGACUGAGAAGCUGGUCCGGUUUGUGAAGCGUGGUGGGGGCUUGCUCAUUGGGGGCCAGGCCUGCUACUGGGCCAGUCAACAUGGCCAUGACAAGGUGCUGUCCAGUUUCCCUGGGAACCAGGUGACAAGUGUGGCUGGAGUGUACUUCACAGACGUCUAUGGGAAUAGAGACUCGUUUGAGGUCUCUAAAGAGGUACCCAAUCUCACACUUUAUGUCAAGUGUGAGGAUGAGAUCAAGUAUGACCAGCAGCAGCUUCUGGAAGGGAUGUCUGAGAUGGACAUUGAGAGAGAGGCACUCCCCUCCCAGCUGCUGGUACAUGGGCAGCGGGCCUUUCCCUUGGGAGUAGACAAUUCAUUCAACUGCUUUCUUGCAGCUGCCCGCUAUGGGCACGGUCGUGUGGUGUUGGGGGGACAUGAGAGUUUGAUGCUUAGUGAAGCAAUGCUGCCAUUUGUACUCAAUGCCUUGCACUGGCUGAUGGGGUCUCAAACAGGCAGGAUUGGGUUGGCUUCAGAAAUGAAAGCACUCAAGUCUAUGUUACCAAAUGGCAGCUUCCAGUGGAGCGAAACAGAACAUCUGACCAGUGAUUUGAGUGUCUUUUGCUGCUGCUCAUUCACCAAUAUAGAUCCCAAGAAAGUAGAAGAAUUUGUUGCAGAAGGUGGAGGCUUGCUGAUUGGUGCAGAGGCCAGUUUAUGGGGCCAAAGGAACCCAGGCUCUGACUGUAUGACUCAAUACCCAAAUAACAUCAUCCUUAAAUGCUUUGGCCUUGGCAUCAUAAGCAAGGCAGUCAAAAACGGUUCCUUCCCAGUCCCAAAUCCUCAGGUGAUAGACUACCACAUCCGUAAAGCUCUGGCCCAAUUUGAGUCCAUGAUCUACGGCCAGAAGAACAUAUUACAAGAAAGAUGGCUGAAGAAGCUCGUGAAAGACUGUUCCUACAUGUUUCAAAUGACACAUCAGAGAGUUUCUAUCUAUGACUCUGUGAAGGAGCAUGCUCUAAAACUCAUCCAAAACGAGGGCUUCCCAAGUAUGAGUGAGGAACACCCAAUCUUAAAUGGCAGCUCUCAGGCCUUUCUGCUUUCCCUGGCUUACGAAUUAUUCAAAUCUGGAGUUGACGUCUCUCAGCUACUUCCUCCUCCCUCCUUACUGCCUCCCACGGAAUCUCCCAUGGUUAUUAAAAUCAGCACAGACAACCGCAAUUCCUGGGUGAGCACUGGACUCUACUUGCCUGAAGGUCAAGUUGCACAAAUAACACUUCCCAGUGAUGCGACUAAUGCCAAGCUGAAGGUCCUCAUUGGUUGCCACACAGACAACAUAAGUGAAGCAAAGACUUACUACCGUCCUCCUGUGAUGACGUACAUUUACCACUUAAACUCAUCCCAGAAGACCAUCUCCUGGCUCUAUGGAGGGCUUCUCUACAUCAUCGUUCCCCACAAGUACAAUCGGGAUGAUGUGUCUGUCACCAUCAGUGGGGCUGUGUCUGCUCCAUAUUUCAGGAUAGGCAAGACGACCCAGGAGGAAUGGAAGAAUCUUACUAAGUACAGUGAAGCUCCCUGGGGAGAACUAGCCACAGACAAUAUUAUCCUGACCAUCCCAAAGGAAUACCUGAAGAUCCUUCGGGACCCAUACCCACUGCUCCAACUCUGGGAUGAGAUGGUGCAGGCUGUAGCUAAGCUGGCAGGCGUGCCCUUCCCUUUGCAAAGGCCUGAGAGGGUUGUACUUGACAAGCAGAUCUCACUUGGUUAUCUUCAUUCUGGAUACCCCAUCAUGGGCAACAUAAGUAUCGCAGAAGGCAUCAUUGAUGAGAUCCUAAUAAGGUCACAUGGUAUUUGGGGUGUGAUGCACGAGCUGGGCCACAACCAACAGAAGGGUAGAUGGCAUUUCCGACCUCACACCACUGAAGCUUUGUGUAACCUCUGGUCUAUUUAUGUGCAUGAGACUGUUCUAAACAUCCACAGGGAUCAGGUCCACCCUUCUCUGAAACCUGAACUUCGGAAGCAGAGGAUCAAAAAUCACCUGGACAAGGGAGCACCCCUGAGUAACUGGGUGGUAUGGACAGCUCUAGAGACUUAUCUCCAGCUCCAGGAGGGCUUCGGGUGGGAACCAUUCAUCCAGACCUUUGCUGACUACCAAGUCCUCCCUGACCUCCCCAGAGACAAUGAGAGCAAGAUGAAUCUGUGGGUGAAGAAAUUCUCUGAGGUGGUGCAGAAGAACCUGGCCCCUUUUUUUGAAGCCUGGGGCUGGCCUGUACAAAAUGAUGUGGCCGAAAGCCUGGCCCAUUUGCCAGAGUGGCAGGAGAACCCCAUGAAAAUGUAUACACCUGAGGUUACAGAGUGA